AUGGAUGAGGACGAAACCCAACAGUUCUCUUUGCGCUGGCACAACCAUCAGACCAGCGUGAUUGGUGCUCUCGGAAGGAUGCUGAACAGCGGCGCCCUCAGUGAUGUGACCCUCAGUGCCAAUGGCACAUCGAUUAGGGCUCAUCGACUGAUAUUAGCCUCGUGCAGCCAGUAUUUCGCUCAAUUGUUUAAGGAACUGGAGACGGAAGGGGGCGCCCUGGUCGUGGUGCUGGGCUGCGAGGCUGCCGAGCUGAGGCUGCUCCUGACUUUCAUGUACACCGGCGAGGUGACCGCGUCCAAGAGCAGCCUUCCAUCGCUGCUACGCCUCGCGCAGACCCUCAAGGUCUCCGGGCUAACGGAUUCCGAAACGAACCCAACGGUGACGUCGAACGAUGCAGAAAUAACGGAGAGUUGCACUUACACGAAUCUAGAGACGGUGAGGGAAGACCUAACUGAGCUUCGAGACACUUUGGACGGUUAUUCCAAUCAGCUCGGUGUGCAGGGCGAUGCAAAAGAGAGGGAAAGCACUAGUGAACAGAUCGGGACAGAUAAGGACAGACUGAGCAAACUGGAUCAGAUAGUACAGAACCUAUACAGCACCCAUAAGAUCACUAGUCCCGUUGAUUCCGCCUUCACGCCGCCCCUUUUACCCGGCUUAGGAGCGGUCGCCGCGGAGCCGCCCGGGCCGUGCGACAGGUGGCGCGCGGGCUCCGUGUGCGGCGUGUGCAACAAGCGGCUGAGCAACCAGUACAACCUGCGCGUGCACAUGGAGACGCACGCGGGCCGCAGACACGCGUGCCGCGCCUGCAGCCACGUGUCGAGGUCGCGCGACGCGCUGCGCAAACACGUCGCGUACAGACACGCGCCCGGCGCGACCGCCACGCCCCGCCGCUCGGCCACCGCCCGGCUCGACGGC